AUGCGUUUUUCCAAUUCGUUGUCGAUACUUUCGCUGCUACUUACAUCUUCUCUCGCCGAAUUACUCCCUCGUACCUAUGAAACCCAUGACUUCUUCGCCCUCCACCUCGACGAUGCCCUCACGCCGGAGUAUGUUGCGGAGGUUUUAGGAGCCUGCCAUGAAGGACAGAUCGGCAAUCUACCGGGACAUCACAAAUUCUCUAUAUCCCAAGAUCGGUCGUCCGCAGUCCAGUCGUUGUUAGAAGACUUGCGAGGGUGGCAGAAAUUGAAAAAGCGUUCGAAUGUACGCGACAAGCGCGGAGAUGGACUGGAUGGUGUCCUAUGGUCGCAAAAGCUGGCUCUAAGGGAUCGACUACACAAAAGAGCUCCCGUAGAGCCGGUCUCGAGAGCUGAAACGCCAGAUCCGGCAGCUGUGGAUAUGCAGAAGUAUAUCGUGUCGGAAUUGCCUAUCAAAGACCCUGAAUUUGAGAAACAAUGGCAUCUGUUCAAUACAGUACAGGUCGGUCAUGAUAUGAAUGUCACCGGGUUAUGGCUGGAGGGCAUUACAGGAGCGGGAGUGGUCACCGCGAUUGUCGACGACGGUCUGGAUAUGUACAGUAACGAUUUGAAGGCCAACUAUUUUGCCGAGGGCUCCUGGGACUUUAAUGAAGACAGCCCAGAACCAAGACCAUUAUUGCGCGAUGACAAACAUGGCACUAGGUGCGCCGGCGAGGUGGCAGCAGUUCGCAACAAUGUCUGUGGUGUUGGCCUGGCUUACGACAGCAAAGUUGCGGGUAUCCGAAUCCUUUCCAAGCCUAUUGACGAUGCGGACGAAGCUGCAGCCAUCAACUACGGCUUCCAGAAAAACGACAUCUACUCUUGUUCAUGGGGUCCUCGUGACGAUGGUGAAACUAUGGAAGCACCCGGCAUCUUGGUCAGGCGUGCAAUGGUGAAUGGUAUUGUACAGGGACGCGGCGGCAAAGGUUCGAUUUAUGUCUUUGCUGCGGGCAAUGGUGGCUUCUAUGGCGAUAAUUGCAAUUUUGAUGGUUAUACAAACAGUAUUUACAGUGUCACCGUGGGCGCUAUUGACCGACAAGGACAGCAUCCAUCAUAUUCCGAAGCCUGCUCCGCGCAACUCGUCGUUGCUUACAGUAGCGGUGGCAGUGACUCUAUACAUACGACUGAUGUUGGAACCGAUAGCUGUACUAGUAUUCACGGCGGUACAUCGGCGGCUGGUCCUCUUGUUUCAGGAGCUAUCGCGCUUGCAUUGAGUGUACGACCUGAAUUGACCUGGCGUGAUGUGCAGUAUCUUUUAAUCGAAACUUCGGUCCCAAUUCACACGGACGGUGAUGAGGUGCAGAUGACGCCAAUCGGUAAGGAGUUUAGUCAUCAGUUUGGUUACGGAAAGGUGGAUACCUAUAGUUUCGUCCAGAUGGCUAAAACCUGGGAUCUCGUGAAGCCGCAGGCUUGGUUCACUACUCCUUGGUUGCGAGUGGAAAAGGAUGUACCCCAAGGAGACCAAGGCUUGGCCAGCUACUUUGAAGUGACAUCGGAUAUGCUGAAAGCUGCCAAUCUCGAACGGAUAGAGCAUGUAACUGUUACUAUGAACAUCAACCACACCCGAAGAGGCGAUUUGAGCACUGAGUUGCGAGGUCCGCAGGGGAUUGUCAGUCAUCUCAGUGUUCCCCGAAACAAGGACGGCGCAAUUGCUGGAUAUGAAGAUUGGACAUUCAUGUCCGUUGCACAUUGGGGCGAAACCGGCGAAGGUGUCUGGAGUGUAGUGGUCAAAGACACCGUCGUGAACGAGAAUACAGGAGUAUUCACCGACUGGCGCAUGACUCUCUGGGGAGUGUCUAUCGAUCCUGCAGUUCAGCAGCCUCACCCGCUUCCUGAUGAGCACGACGACGAUCAUAACAUUGAAGAGGCUGUCUACGCUACUGUCAGCAUCAAACCACAUCCACAGACCAGUCCCGCGCCAACUGCUACUGACUAUGUAGACCGGCCAGUCAAGCCUACUAGUGUGGAAUCGACGCCUACUGCCACUCCUGAAAUUGGUACCCCAGUUGAUGGCUCUCCAUCACCAGAGCCGACUGCAUCCACAUCUCCAGGUUUCUUGCCACCCUUCUUGCCUACCUUUGGAGCAACCCCCCACACGCAAGUUUGGAUAUACGCUUCGAUCGCCCUCAUCCUUAUUUUCUGCUUGGCACUUGGCAUCUACUUCUAUGUCCAACGCCGCAACCGACUCCGCAACAACCCUCAUGACAACUACGAGUUUGAGCUCGUCGACGAUGAAGAGGACGACCAGGCGCCUUUGGCUAGCCGACGUGGACGCAAACGACGAGGUGGUGAAUUAUAUAAUGCGUUUGCCGAGGAGAGCGAUGAAGAGCUUCUCAGUGGUGAGGAUGACAAUGAAGAUGAAGGUUCUUUCCGAGAUGAUAUCGAGGAAAAGGACAGCGAGCGUUAG